AUGAGCUCCGAAGGUAGAGGCCGUCUCGCUGGCAAGAACGCCGUCAUCACUGGUGCUGCUGNNGGUAAGUGCUCUCUUGGCAUUGGUCUCGAGACCUCCAUCCUCUUUGCCCGCGAGGGUGCAUCGGUCCUGAUGUGCGAUAUCUCGGCACCUGCUCUCGAGAAGGCUCUUGCCAAGGUCAAGGAGAUUGUCCCCAACGCUGCUGGUAAANUUGAGACUACCAUCUGCGAUGUCAGCAAGGAGGCCGAUGUUGCCGCGACCGUUGAGAAGGUAGACCCUUGGGGUGGUCUUGAUGUCAUGUUCAACAACGCUGGCAUCAUGCACGCCGACGACGCAGGUGAGUGUCGAAUCAAGGUUCUUAUCAGAUCGCAUCAGGCUUACAAGAUUGCAGAUGCUAUCGACACACCAGAGAAGAUCUGGGACUUGACUCACAACAUCAACGUCAAGGGUGUCUGGUUUGGCUCAAAGCACGCAGUGCAAGCACUGCGCAAGCACAACAAGACCAAGGGCUCCAUCAUCAACACUGCUUCCGUGGUCGCUCUGGUCGGAGCAGCAACACCUCAGCUCGCAUACACAGCCAGCAAAGGUGCUGUUCUCGCAAUGACUCGUGAACUUGCCAUUGUGCACGCACGCGAGGGCUUCAGAUUCAACGCUCUGUGCCCUGCUCCUCUUAACACUCCUCUUCUUCAGGACUGGUUGGGUGACGACAAGGCCAAGCGUCAGCGCCGCGAGAUUCACUUCCCUACUGGACGUUUUGGUGAGGCUAUCGAGCAGGCACAUGCUGUUGUCUUUUUGGCCAGUGAUGAGAGCAGCUUUGUCAACGGAACCGACUUUGUCGUUGACGGUGGCAUGACCAAGGUAUGUUGCAAUCGAUGUCCAGAGAAUGUGUUGGUGCAAUGGCUAAUUUUCGACAGGNCAUAUGUCACUCCUGAAGGACCUCCGGCUCCUGCUCCUACCAACCUCGCAAAGUAG